AUGAAUAUUAUUAAGUAUUACCGAAAGGCCAUACUAAGACCUACUUACAAUUUUUUCUGGAGUAAAAAAGAAUAAAACUAAUAGAAGACAGGGAAAAAUGAUGAAAAGAAUUAAAAUUAAACUGGUGGUAUAUUAUAUUCUUAAUAAAUAGAAUGGAAAGGAAAAGAGGAAUAUUUAGCUGAUCUAAGAAAAAAGAGAGAUGAAUAUGAAAAAAUGAAAAUAAAAAAUGAAAAAGAAGUUCAUACAUAAACUAUAAGAUAAGCAAGAGAACAUGAAGUUAAUUAUGGAAAAGUAGAUUUUGCAAAAGUUUUUAUUGAUAACAUCAAUAUUUAAUAUUCUAAUGAAUUUAAACAUCCAGAAGAAAUGUUUAAUUUUUUAGGAACACUUAAAGUUUAAUUAACAGAACAAAAUUUAAUGUCAUGUGUAAAUGCCUUUAUUUAGUUUGCAGAUAAAAUUACAGAAGAUGAUUUAAUAAGAUAUGAAUUUUAGGAAUUUUAAGCUAUUUUAACUAAACAAAUAAGAAUAAUAAGCAAUGUUGAAAAUUUAAUAAAAAUUACUAAAUUACUUGAUAUAUUAUGUCUCCCUUCAGAACAUGAAAUUUGGGGUUAAUUAGAAAUAUCAAUUUUGAAUAGAAUGUCCAAAUUAACUCUCAAAUAGCUUUUAGAAAUAUUAUCUCAUUUAAGCAAUUAAAAAGAGGGUUCAGAUUAAUUUUGGGAUUAAUGUGAGAAUUAAAUUUAUGGUGAAAUAAAUAAAUUAUCAGAUUUAAAUUUAUAAUACUAAUCUGUAAUAUCAACUAUGAUGUGUUAUUGGAGAGUUUAAAGAGGGUAAAAAUAAUAUUUAAUUUUUAGAACUAAAUAAUUUAUUAGAAAUCUAGUAGGAAUUAUGCUCUAAAAUUCAUAGGAUUAGUAAAUCUAUCAAUAAUUACCUAUAAAUACAAUAAUUUAAGGAAUACUUGUUAUGGGAUAACUAUGUGAAAAAUAAGAUAUUGCUGAUAUUGUAAAAAGUUAAUAAUUCAAAAAUUAUUUUGAUGGAGUAGAAUAAUAUCUUUUGAAAUAAUUUGAUUCUUUGAAUUUUGAAUAAAUCUGUUUGAUAAGUCAAGGAUUUGGUUUUGAAUUUGGUAGUGAUCUACUUAUUUAGAAAUUGGAAGGUAAGAUUUUGGAAAAUUUUGAUAAAUAUGAAUUAUAGGAAUUAAAAUUUAUUAUAAAAAGCUUUUUACUUUCAUAUAGAGGAUCAAAGUAUUAUUCCAUAUUAUAAUAAAUAGAAAAUUAUUUAAGAUGAUGAUGAAUAAGAUUUCAUCUUUAAAACAUGAAUUCACAUCUAUAGAAUUAGCAGAGAUAGUAAAAUCCUAUUAUAUUACUGAAAAUGAUAACUAAGAGUUUUAUGCUGACAUUGAAAGAAAAAGUAUUAAUGAUAUUUAAUCAGUUUUAUAGAGAUUAAAGGAAGUCAGAGAAAUAAGUCCUUAAGAAAUUUAUGAGAUUGCUUAUAGUUAUUUAAUUACAAGAAUUGGAUCAAGAGAAUUUUAUAAAUUAUUAGAAAUUGUAUUUGAUAAAAUAUAAAAUAUAGGUUAUAACUUUUAGAUUUGAUGAUUUAAGAUAGAAUGCCAUUUUGAUGAGUAAAUUACAUGAUUUAUACUUAAAAAGUGCACUUUGUGAUACAAAACUAAUAGAAAGAAUGGCAUCUGUUUUGUGA